AUGUUCAAAUUGCAAAUUAUACUAGUGCCUGCUAGUGUGAAUAGGAGCUUUAAUUAUGGGCUUCCAUCGAUUUCAUCUGACUCUUCUCAGCUGAUUCUGCCACCACAGCAGCAGCAAUUACAACAGCAGCAACAACAAGUACCCCAUGGUUCACAAUCUGUUAAUAAUUUUGGGGGUCAGAGUGUAGGCUUGGAUCCCAAUGUGUCUACAAACACAGCAUAUGUUUCUAGUUUUAUGACCUCUCAUAUUACUAGGCCAAAGCUCAAGAAGUUUCUCAUAUUCACAAAACCAACGAAUACAUUGUAUCAGCUUUCACAGGAAAUCUUGGAUAAGUGUAACAAGAUAUAUCCGAAUUUACCGCCUGAGUUAGAAAUUGACACAUUGCAAGAUGUUGAUGAGUGCGAUUUAGACCCAGAUUUUAUCGUGAAAGAUGUCUUCAACGUGUUUAACACAGUUCGUGUUAUUUUGCGCAAUGAUGUGGACUUAGAUAAUAGCGCUUCCAGAACGGAAUCAUUAUAUUCAACUAAGAGAAGGAAACUAAAUAAUGGUAACAGCGCUGCCCCAGCGGCUGCUUUGUCUUCCAUAUCGUCAACCGGAAAUGUCUUGGAUCAACCAGUAACUGUCGCCAAAAGAAGAUCUCAAGUACUGAAAAAUUCUGCGCUAAGAAUAUCGACACCAUUGGCUCACCAAAUAUAUCCUCCUCCAAGUCAAAGAAACCAAAAGCAAGUGAAUUCAGACUAUGAAGAUGAUGAUUAUGGAGAAGAUGAACUUGGAGAUAAAUCCAUUUUACCUCCUCCAACAGUUCCACAAUCACCUCCAAUUAGAAUCAGUUCUAGCAUUGGUCAAAAACGUUUGAAUAUUAAUGGAUACGAUGAUGCUGUAUCAAAAUCAGAAACUGUAGACCCAAGUAAAUCAAAACAACAACGACUACCAUCUGGGACUCCAAUGAAGCCAAUCAACAUGGUUGAAACACCUAAUAAAGCUGGAAAUAUUUCAUUACCUCAACAGCAACAACAGAAUCAAGGUCUGUUGCGUAUAAAUUCUACUCCUGUUGUCACUAACCAAAGAAUUACUUCUGGUAUGCUACGUAUACCAGAACCAAGGAUUUCUGAAAUGGAAAGAACCAUGCACGAAGGUCUGUCAUCACCUGCUGCUGGCCUCUUGCCACCAAAAUCAGCUAAAAUCCCAAUGAAGAAACCUUAUGUUCCAGAAAUUGAUGAUUCUUCAAGCUCGGACAGCGGAACAAAUGAAAUAAACACGCGUGUUGUCGAAAGCGGCAAGCCCAAGGAUCUUAUGCCUUUAAGCUCACAGGGACGUGCCCCUUCUUCAAUCGCAGAUGAUAAUGGGUCACCUACAAAGAAAAGUCCUCUCGAUCACUCCAAGGUCACGCAAGUUAAAGUAGCUGAGUUACCACAGAGGAAAAGCUCACUUGAGGCCAAAGUAGAGAAACUUGCGAAAAAUGCAUCGGAAUUGAUUACUGAAAACAAUCACAUAUCAAAUAACACAACCAGAAAAGAUGGUUUCAGCGAUUCAGAGUCUGAAUCUGAAGAAAGUGAAAAUGACGCAGCGAAUGACACGGUCCGUAUUCGCCCAGCCGAACGUACUGAUGGCAGCUUUCAUAAAUCAGACCUUUUAGAAAUACUUAAGGGAAGCAAAAUGGAUAUUCCUCCAGGAUUCAAAAGGGUAGGCAGUGCUCUACAAGAAAAUGAUAUAAAUAAACGUUCUAGAAAACCAUAUCUUACAGUUCUUAACAAAGAUAUCGAUAAUAGCGAACCUGAUCCAAGGAACAUUCUUCCAUCGAAAAUCCCAAGACACGCUGCUCAGAAAGCUGCCCAAUUCAUUUCAGCUGGAACUUCUCGUAAGCCAUUAGAGUCUUCGUCAUCAUCUUCUUCUGCACAAUCUGGCGAGGAUUCGGAUUCGGAAAGUGGUAUCGAGACGGACCAUAGUACUGGUAAUGUAGAUGAGGUUGAUUUGAAAAAACUAAAUGUUCAUCCAUUAAAACCGGUUGUAGUCCCAUUGGAAGAAACUCAAGAUGAUAAUACCAAUAUCUCACACAAUGAUUCUGCUACUAGAAGCGAUGUUCUUAAUGAUAAUUUAGGUCAGAAGGAGACGACAGGUUCUAACGAAUUAUCAGAAUCUUCGAAACCAAGUCAGCAGAAAUCAGACAAGGUUGUUGGAAAAAACAUAGAACUUGAUAAUUCACAGAAAGAUCAAAUGUCGCCUUCUAAAUUAAUUAAUUUGAAACCUGUGCAAUCAGUAAAAGCUUCGACACCGGCACCUUCUCAAGAGCUACAUGAAAAAAUUGAUCGUCAACUCUCCCCAUCACCAGUACGUAAUAGAAAAGACUAUGUGUCGCCUGAAUUCAUUGAUGACUCCGAUGAUGCGAGUGAGAAGCAAUCUCCUGCUUCAACACAAAAUACGCAAGAGAAGGAAAAUACUGAUCCUUCGUCGAAAGCUAGUAAUACCGAAGCAGACAAUAAAUCAGAUAAUAAGUCAAGAAAGAUGACACCUGCGAUGUUGAAAAGAAAACAAGAAGCGGAGCAAAGAAGAUUACAACGCGAGGCCGCCAGAAAAGCUAAACAAGAAGAACAGGAAAGAAAGCGUGCUGCAAAAGAGGCUGCAAAAAAAGCUAAACAAGAAGAGGCUGCACGUAAAAAAGCAGAAAGAGAAGCUGCAAAGAAAGCUAGACAGGAACAAAUCGCUCGUAGAAAAUUGGCUCAAGAAAAUAAAAAGGAUAAAAAAGAGUCUACAGCUCUUCACAGAGUAAAUUCUGUGUCUAGUCAAACCUCUCCAAAACUCUCUCAAAGCUCGAGUCCGGCUUCCGAUACUGAUAAAAAAGAUAUAGACAAUGGAAAAAAGGCCGAAGUGUCAGGCUCUUCAUCACAGGUUUCGAAAUUAGAUGAAUUGCGGAGUAAAUUUGCUGGUGGAAAAAGCUCUGCCAAUGAAGUAAUCAACAAAAUAGCCGUAAAUCCUGUCAAGCUUCAACUAUCUUCCAAAUCCACUAGUACCUCUAGUUCGGUUUCUGAAACAGAAGAAUCUUCUGACUCCGGUGACUCAUCUUCAUCUUCAUCUUCAUCAGAAGACGAGGCUUCCAUGAGUAAGAAAAUCCGUAGAGGUAUUGUAGAUACGCCAAGAGGAGUUGUUGGAUCUAUAUCCAAAAAGAACUUAGAAAAGGACACGUCUGAAUUGCGCGAUGCUCCUCAAUCAACCCAGCAGAAAACUGCUACACCAUUAAAAGUUCCUGUAACUAAGAUAAUGGACUAUGCGUCUCCCGCAGGCAAAAGCAAUGAUAACACUGUUCUUGUCUCCCCCCCUCGUAAUUCUGUCAAAACUACCAGGCAAUCACUUGCAAGAAAUUCACUAAGUUCUCUAUCUGAUUUAGUUUCCAGAGGCGUUCCUGAAGUAAAAGAAAAACCUACGUCGAAAGCGGUUCCUGAGCCAGAAAGUUCUAGUUCCAGUGAUGAAGGCAAUGACGAUGAAGAAAUUUCCUCGGACAGUGAUGAUGAUAGUGAUAGUAGCGAUUCUUCGGAUGAUGAUUCAGGUUCCAAUUUCAUCAAUGCUAAGUCUGCUUCCAAGGCACUAGGAAAGAAGAAGAUGGAUAGCGGUUUCAGCUCUUUAAUAAAGGAUUUGAAGAGGAAAUGA